ACCAGUCACCAGUGCUCCUCAAGCUCACUCAACCACGAUAAUGCACAGAGACACACAUGAGCAUCAAAACAUGGAAGUGGUAUAUGUCUCUCGCACAACACUGCACCAAGCCAUCUUCAUCACCCACGGCCUCAACCACAACAACUAUGCCAUCAGCAAGCUUCUCGAGUUCUGUGCCCUCUCCGACGCGGGCAAUCUCUCCUACGCCUCUCUCACCUUCACCCAUAUCCAUUCCCCAAUUCAUUUAUCUACAAUUCCCUCAUCAGAGCCUAUUCUUUCAGUUCUCAGCCCUGCUUGGCUCUGCAUUACUUCCAUAUCAUGUUGCAGGACUCCUCUAUGUGUCCCGAUCACCACACCUUCCCGUUCGUUCUCAUUGCUUGCAGUAAUGCAUCGCAGGUGUGUCUUGGUAGGGAAAUACACAAUUGGGUGGUGAAAAUGGUUUGGCGUUGUCGGAUGGUCAUGUACAGUCUGCGUUAAUUAGGUUUUAUGCUGAAUGUAAAGCUUUGGAGGAUGCCCGGAAGGUGUUUGAUGAAAUAUCUAACUUAGAUGACGUUCAGUGUAACAUUCUUGUAAGUGUAUCUAUGAUUCGGUUUGGCUUUGGAGGCAUUGAAUGUUUUUCGGCAUAUGUUGUUGUGUGAAGUUGUGCCUGAUGAAUUUUGUGUGACUACUGGGAUUACAGCUUGUUCUCGUUUAGGGGUUCAAAAAGAUCUUCAAAAAGAUGCAGGGCUUCAAAAAAGAUCUAAGGUCAAUUUAUUUUAGACAACUUGGAAACUGAAUUUGGUGUUUUAGCCCAACAUGAGCAUUAUAGUUGCAUGGUGGACUUGCUCUGCGGGGCAGGUCAAUUAGAUGCAGCACUUCAUCUCAUAAAGAGGAUGCCUAUGAAGCCUCUUGCUUCUGUCUGGGGUUCCUUACUGAGUGAUUGCCGAAUCCAUAAUAACGUUGAUCUCGCAGAGCUUGAUGUCAAAGAGCUUCUAUGGAUAGUAGCUGAUGAUAGAGCUGAAGACGAUGGAAUUUAAGUUCAGUUAUCAAACAUUUAUUUAGCUGCACAGAGGUGUGAAGAUGCGGGUAGGAUUUGCAGGAUAAUCGGUCAUAAAGGGCUCAAGAAAACACCAGGAUGCAGUACAAUAGAAGUGGAUGGGGAGGUAAAAGAAUUUGUCUCUGGAAAUGUAUCACUCCCAUACUGAGCACAAAUAAAUACAUGCUAUGCUUGACCUGAUGUCCCUUGACUUAAUUCACCACCCUUUGGAGGAUCUGAAUAUCUAAUGCAGCAAGAAGUGCAACUUACAACUUCUUUCACUAUUGCAAAGCAGUUAUGGCAUGCAUUAUUUCUCUGAAAGAGUGCUUGACCAAUGGACCUUAGAAGAUUGUCUUGCCAUUCGUCAGUCGUCCGUUUGCUAUUAACUUUCACCAGUGAUAGAUGCAUGGAUCGCUAUCUUAUCAUGAAGUUGAACUGUUAGUCCUGGCACUAAAUCCUUGGGAUGAAGAAACAGAGCUUCAUUUUAUUCUUGUCCUCCACAAAAGCAUGGCCUGCUUGAACUCUAGACUUUCAGCAAUCUACGAUGAUGAUGUCUUUCAAUAAUACAAGUUCACCGACAAACUAUUACGUCACACUUACACAGAUAGAUUUAUCUGCUAUAAUAUGUUUAGUUGAAAAUCUUUGAUAGUUCAUACCAAGGUUGUUAAAAUCGGGAUUCUACGUAGAAUCGUUUUGGGCUCCGUAGAAUCGGAAUCGUAGAAUCGGAUCGUGAAUCGUGAGAUUCUACCAAAUUGUGAAAAAACAAUUGAAACUAACUUCUUAAAUAAUAAGAUCUGUAAAAUAUAACAAAAAUGAGGCCAAAACACACAAUAUUACACAUCCAUGAGUUCACAAAUCUCAAAUCCUAACAAUAUUUCAAAGUCCGAAUAUAAAUAAAAGAAAAUUUAGCUCAAAAUAACAUGAGUUUAGAAAUCUCAAAUCUUAACCCAUCCAUCUCCAAAGUUAGAAAAUAAAAUUACAUAUCAAAAGUAAACCCAUUUUUUUUUUUUUUAAAACUGAAGAAAUAAGAAGACCUUUUUGUCCACCAAUCCAAGUGUUACGGUGUAUGUGACCUUAUUAGUCACAAGUAUGAAAUUAAUCAAGAGUUAGCACAACAAAAUAUGAACCACGCGUUAACUUGAUCUCAUUAGAUUAUCAGUUUAGACUACAAGAUUAUACAUUGGCUGACAUAUUCGGCAAGUCUUUUAAGCUUUUAAAUUAUUUUUAAUUUUUAAUAUAUAUGAUAAGCCUUCAAAAAAUAAAAAUAGUCAAAUGAAACCAAAAUUUGCCUAAACCUGUUAGUCACGAGUAUGCAUCCUUGAGAUAUAAUUGAUCAUUUUAAUUUUUUAUAAUUAAACACAAAAAUAUAUAAUGGAACAUCAACAUACAUGGUAAAAAUAAUUGAUAUAUAUACAUAUAUAUAUAUAUUUCUUUUUCUGCCACUAAUGAAAAAUAAUUUAUAUUUUAUGUAAUAAAUAUUUAACUUUGUAUACUACACUUGGGCCAGGCCUCUUUUAUUUUGUAGCCCGGAAGAAACCAACCAAAAAAUAAAGGCCCAAACAACCAAUUUCGUAGAAUCGGUAGAAUCGUGUAGAAUCGUACGAUUCUACCUCCGAUUCUACAAUUCUACCCCCGAUUCUACCGAUUCUACCCCCGAUUCUACUAAUUGAACGAUUUUGCUGCGAUUUGACUCGAUUUUGAGUUCUGAGUCGUAGAAUCGUGAGAUUCUACGACUCAGAAUCGCGAUUUUGACAACCAUGGUUCAUACUGCUUUAUGUUCCCAGUCAUCUGUUCUUCAAUUAGAACUAUUUAGUCUAUUUUUUUUUUUUUUUUUUUUUCCUUAGAUAUUUUUUGUUGCCGAUUGCUUUGCCCUUGUAGUCCCCAAGUGUUGCUACGUAACAUGUCAGAAAAGGUUGGCAGCUUUUAUAGAGAAUGUCAUGUAUGUAAAUAAACAGGGAUAGCCUAGUCGGAAUGUCUUAACUUUCCCAAUUCUGAAAAUUCUAAGAUAUUCCAUCAAGAAAUAACAAAAAUAUCUCCAUGAAUAAAGAAGUAAAAUAUUGGUUCUAAUUUCAAAAAAAAAAAAAACAGAUGCUAAGAUUUUACUUGAUAUUCUACUUAUCAAAAAACAAAGAUUUAACUUGAUAUACUAAGUUUGUUCAGCUCAAGAGGUAUACUGCCUAGUCCUAACCUGACAAAUGAACAUUGUAGUGGUGUCCUUUCACAAUAUUGAGUGAGGCAACAGGAGUGGAAACAUUUUCUGGAGCUGACAUGAAGCAUUCUAGUGCUGAUUAUCCUUCAGAAGGAAAUGUUGUCAAUCUUUGCAAGGCCUGAUAUGAGGCCUGCACUAUAUAUUGUCUCGAAAAUUUCAUGCCAGCAUGUUAUUUCUUUGGAUGUGGUGGUUCCCCAACGACCAUAGUUCACUAGACAUGCAUGUAUUUUUUUCUCAAGAUUUUGUAAAAGUAUGUGGUCAAAGCCACAAUGAAGAUGGUUAAUUUCCAAUUUCUUUUUAUUUCCAUACUUUGUACUUAUCUCUGUGGACUAACUAGUUCUUUAAAUCCAUCUUGCUAAUAUUCAUUUUUUCUUCCCUUAUUUUUCCCAGUACAUAUGUUCUUUCCUAUGACCAAAGUAAUCUAUAAAUUGAGUAAAGAAAAGAAUCAGUGCAUUUAUCUUCAAAUUUGAAGCACAAUGCUCAAGUCUCUUUGGGAUAAAAUUCUGAUUGUUCUGCUGCCAUGAAUGUCAAAUGAAUUGGAGAACUUGUACAUAAGAUACCUUUUCCAUGUAAAUUUUGUAACUCUUUCCAACUUCAUAUAUUCAACACCUAUCAGCAACAUCUAUAUUUACUUUUGGGAAAAUAAAUGAUUCCAAUAUGCUAUUUCCAUUGUUUUAACAGCUAAAAUGCUAUGCCUUAUCUAACCUAAAAUGCCAUCAGUGACCAGCUUUUUUGAGACAGCAAAGUUAAAGUUUCUCCUCUCUGAGGUAAUCUGUAUUAGUCUUUCUAAGCCAAAGAAUUCAUAAUAGAAUAUUGAAAAAAUGGCCAAAAAAAAAAAAAAAACAUACUUUUUCAUUACAGCCUGUUGCCAAGCAAAAAAUUCUCAUAAUCAAAUACUAACUGAGAAAAAAAUAUAAAUUUCAUCCAUCAUGUCCCAUAUUAAUUGAUAUGGGAAUCUCAUAUGAGAAGUUGUCGCUAUAUUGUCGUUGGGUAACAACAGUGCUUAAUCACUGCUAUGGCUAAAGAAAGCCAUCACAGUUUUAGGGCUCAAUGUGACGAUAAUGCUCUCACUAGUUGAAAAAUUCUUGCGUUGAAAAUUUCUGCUACACAUGCUCUAGAAAUUAUUGAUAUUCUUACCAACAUUUUUUCUGCAUGGCCCUCUUGAGCCGAGAGCCAACAUAAGAUAUUUGCAUUGCAGCUUCAUUUCAUUCUCGUUCUCCACAAAAGCAUGGCCUGCUUGAACUCUGACUUUCAGCAAUCUACAUGGUGAUGUGUUUCAACAGUACAAGUUCACCCACAAACUAUUAUGUUACACUCACACAGAUAUAUAUCUGCUAUAAUAUCUCUAGCUGAAAAUCUUUGAUAGUUCAUACUGGUCGAUGUUCUAGUCAUCUGUUCUUCAAUUAGAACCAUAUGAACAUUUUUUCUUAAAUAUUUUUUGUUGUUGAUAGCUUUGCCCUUGCAGUUCCCUAGUAUUUCUAUGCAGCAUGUCAAAAAGUUGGCAGCUUCUAUAGAGAGUGUCAUGUAUAUAAAUAAACAGGGAUAGUUUUGGGUAUCAAUUUGGAAUCAAUCUAGUCGGAAUGCCUUACUUUCUAAAUUCUGAAAAUUCUAAGAUAUUCAAUCAGAACAUAACAAAAAUUUGUUCAUGAAUAGAUAAGUAACAUAAUGGUUCUAAUUUCAAAUCAAGAAAAAAGAAGUAUUUACUUGAAAUUUAGAGUUUGUUCAGCUCAAGAGGUAUACUGCCUAGUCCUAACCUGACAAAUGAACACUGCAGUGGUGUCUCUCCACAAUAUUGGGUGAGACUACAAGAGUGAAAACGUGUUUCUGAGGCUGAAAUGAAGAGUUCCGAUGCUGAUUAUCCUUCAAAAGGAAAUGCUGUCAAUGUCUGCAAGGCCUGAUGAUGAUGAUGAUGAUAUAUAUAUAUAUAUAUAUAUAUAUAUAUAUAUAUGCGCUUGAUGAGGCCUGCACUAUAUAGUGUCUUUGAAAAUUUCUUGCGUGCAUGUUAUUCCUUUGGAUGUGGUCAUUCCACAACGACCAAAGACAUGCAUGUAUUUUGUUCCUCAAGCUGUGGUAUAAAUAUGUCGUCAAAGCCACAAUGGAUAUGGGUAUGGGCAAGGAAGUUGAAGUAGAAGGCUGUGGAGCUGGCCAGUGUAUUGGUGUAAUUGCCAGGGUCAUGUUGAAGUAGAGUCUCUGGACAUAGAUCUUUUGCCACUUAUAAAAAUAGUACAAACAAGAUCAGGUUGAGCCUCUAAAUAAAUAAUUUUUGUGGAGGGAGUGUGUAAGUAUUAACUAGAAUAUAUAUAUAAAAGUGGAAACAAGACCAACUUGACAAUUUCAAAAGGUGCAUAAACAAUUAAUUUCAGCAUGUACUAGAUUGUUCAGAAAGAGUUGAAGGUGAAUUAUUGAAAUAUCACCUCACCAACUCACUUUCUGUACUUGCAUUUAAGUGAAUAAAUGGCACACAGCACAUAUGCGCCUACGCAUAGGCCUCGUUAUCAUAGCGGCACAUCAACUGACACAAUUGCAUCCACGUCAUCUGCCACAGGUGUGCCUUUCCUGCCACAUCAUCCACCACUUCAGCAGACUGUCACGGCAGCUCAGCGACACAUAAUCUGUCACGUCAGUUGAGACACUUUUUUCUGUUUGAUUCAAGGUAAUGACACCCGAGUUGGCGGAAGUACUGAUGCUAAAUGAAGAACUUGAACUCGGUGAAUGGAAACUCCUUUGAGUGGAAUACAAUGUUUUGCGUUCAUGCUUGAAGAUGUUAGCUUGCUGGAUGGCAAGAUUAUCACACCUACAGACUUGGCAUCUUGGGGAUCUGGUCUCUUACAGUGGCUCAAAUUCACACAGCUUACAGGAAUUACAAUUAGAGGCAAAUGUAUUAUUGAUGGCAAUUGUUGAGCUAAACCAGCAAUUGUUCAUUUAAUUAGGAUUUAACCCAUAAUGACAUUGAGAAUGAGCUUGGCUUAACCUGAGAACAUUUAAUCCAUAUGGCGCUUCUUCUUGGGAGUGAUUAUACUGAAGGUGUAAGUGGUAUCGGCAUUGUCAAGGCUAUUGAAGUUCUAAAUGGAUUUCCCGAGGAAGAUGGCCUCCAAAAAUUCCGGGAGUGGAUUGAAUCUCCAGAUCCAACCAUCCUUGGAAAAUUCAAUGUGUAAGCAGGAUCAAGUUCGAGGAAGAGAGGGUCCAAAGUUAGCAACAUCGACGUGAGUUGCCCAAAUAGCAAUGCAAAGGAGAUUCCACAGCUAACCAUAAUGUUUCGCGUUCCAUAGAUUCAGAUCAAAACACAAAGCAGAUUUUCAUGGAUAAACAUAUUGUGCUGGGAAAAGUUUGGUUGGGGUAGCCAGAAGGCUGACGAGCUGCUACUUCCUGUUUUGAAGGAGUACAACAAACAUGAGACUCAACUGCCGUUGGAAGCAUUUUACACUUUCAACAAGAGAUUUGCAAAAAUUCGUUGUAAGAGGGUUAAAAAAGCUGUUAAAGGAAUAACAGGGAACAAAUACUUGGAGUUAAUGGAUUACUCUGUGCAAGAAGUCACCAGGAGUAGAAAAAAAAGAAGAGCAAGUCCCAAUGAAUCUGGUGAUGACAAAUCAGGGAAACAUCUUAGUCCAACAGAGAAUCGUGUUGCUAGAGAUGAGAGCAACACCACGGAAAAAUUAACUGCAAAGCAGUCAAGAAAAAUGACCCGUCGGGAUUCUGUAUUAUCUGAAUCCGAUGCGGACCAAAGGCAGGCAAAAAACCAGCAAAGGGUCAAGUGCAACGAGAAGAGGCAGGGGAAAAGGCAGAGGUCAGGCUGUUGGAAGAGGGAGGGGGAAGAUAAACCCUGCUUCUGAAUACACUGAGACCAGCUCUAAUGAUGGUAACAAUGGCGACCGUGAGCUGGAACUGCAAGUUGAAAAGUUAGAGGGCUCACAUCAAAUACGAAGGUCAACACGGGUUCACAAGGCUGUGAAAUACAUUCCGGAUGAUUUAGAAAUUGUUGAUCUGGGCAAAUCAGACCAAAAUGAUGAAAAAUGUUCUGAUGAAGAGGCAGUGCAAGAAGAGCCUUUUAGGGAUCAAGACUUGGUUGGAGAUGCUGCUGCUAGUUCCAGUGGAAAGAACCAACAUAAAGUUGGAGAUUCUUCACUUAAGGAGCGCUUGUGUGGGGAAUACCUUGAAAUGGGAAGUGAAGUUUGCAUGGACGAAGCUGAACCUGAAACUGAAACAGGUCAACUAGGUUCAGGUCAAGAUGGUGACCUCUCUUUUGGUGUAGAAUUGUCUAAAGAAUACCUUAAAAUGGGCGGUGGAUUUUGCUUGGAUGAAGAUGAGGUAGAUGAGGACCCAGACAUAUGUGCUUCCUCCAGUGCAGCUGGGGCAUCUAUCAUUGAGAAUCCCAAUCCUUCUCAUCAAUCUAGUUUCGUUGAAGAAGUUGAUCACGAUAUUGGUUCGGUUCAAUUGGUUUCGAGCCCAACAAAAGCUCUGGAUCAAAAUGGGGGAAAGACAGAUGCAUCUGAUAGCGAGAAGAAUCUAGACCAUUCAAACGCCUCUACUAAUAAGGAACAUCUUAAAGAAGAUGUUUCUGGGAUGACACCUGUAAGAUUUUUAAGUGCCAUGCCUAGCCUGAGAAGGAAGAGGAGAAAAAGUUGAAAUUGUUCAAUUUUCGGAAAAACUUUUGGAGCUAGUCGGGAUGUGUGCGCAUUUGCUUUCAGUGUUCCUUUCACCCUACCACCAACCAAAAUUUUGGGCAAUGCCAUUAUCGCACAGGUAAGAAUGUAUUUAUAAACAAAACCAAGAUUGCUAAUCUCUAGUUUGAGAAAUAUCACAAUAGUUUUAAACUGCAUCUAGUACAUAACAGAAGUACUUCUGGGGAAACAGCUUAAAUAUUUGAAAUUGUUCACAGUAUUGAAUACUCCAGUAUUAUUAAGUGAAGAUCAGAUGGUUGAAAAUUGAAAUUACCACAAUUGGUGGGGGUUGCCUGAUGUAUUCAUCUUAACUAUUGGAUAACGCAUUUACUUGGGGACUGAAGUUGUGAUAUGAAUGUCAUGCUAGGACAAGUAAUGUACAAAUUGAAUGAUUUGUUUUUCUUUUUGCAAGCUGUGGAAACACACAGUUAGUAUGUGAGGCCAAUUAGAAGUAAAAUAGUUUUUUAGGGUUCGUUAUUGUCAGAUGACAGAAUUUAUUAGUUUGUGGAGGUAUCUGUUGCUGUUGUUUUUGAUUGUUUUUUGGGGAAGGGGUUAUAUUCAACAUUCUGUAUCUGCAGCAAUGGUAACAGUUGAGUGCAGAGAGUGGAGUUUGGCAUAUAUGGUUGGUUUUACUGGUCUCAAGUAGAGUUCUCCAAUUCUUUCUUUAAUCGGCUAUGGACAUUCUUAUAAUUGUUCCAUCAAAUGCAGGUAGGUGAUUUAUUUUAUUUUAUUUUAUUUUAUUCAGGGGGUUUGAUUAAAGUUAGUUGGAUUAAGCUUCAUACUGAAAAUCAGUGAAAUUUGUUUUUAUAAAUUUGUUGUUAUUAAACU